CACAGCUUGGAGGAGAGCCUGAAUGGCGCGCCGGAGGUGAUGAUCCAUCGUCAGUGCAGCUCGCUGCGGCCCACAUGGGCGCAUCCGAUGGCCGCAUGGUCACCCCUGCGGCAGAGGCCGGGGAGCUUGUGAGGAAGCCAGUGCGGGCAGUGGCUCGAGAAAGUCGGGAUACCGUUACGUUUCUGUGCACCAAUGACAUCUUCUGCGGGCAGGGCGGCUUUUUGCAGGCAGCCAAUGCGGCCAACAUCUAUGCGGACCCCAAGAGCAUCGUGGACCUGCCGCUGAAGAACGCAUCUGAUGCGACAAUUGCCGCUUUCCAGCAGCUGCAAGCCCAGAAUGGCGGCAACGCAUCUGCAGGUCAACUCCAGGCCUUCAUCAGCCAGUACUUCGACCAGCCCGGGAGCGACCUCGUUGCGUACUCCCCCCCUGACUUCACCCCUGUUCCGUCUGGCUUCCUGCCCACCCUUGCCUCCGAUGCUGCGAAUGGCAGCUGGCGCAACUGGUCGCUGGCAGUGCACCAGAUUUGGCCGCAGCUGACACGCACGGAGGCCGCCAAUGUCUCCCAGCAGCCGGAGCAGCACUCUCUGCUGGCACUGCCGCAGCCGUUUGUGAUUGCGGGGGACCGCUUCCGGGAGCAGUACUACUGGGACUCCUACUGGAUCAUCAGGGGCCUGCUGAUCAGCAACAUGAACGUCACCGCCAGCAGCGAGAUGGCCAACCUGCUGGCCCUGCUGCAGCGCUACGGCCAUGUCCCCAAUGGCGCGCGCUCCUACUACAUCAACCGCUCCCAGCCACCCCUCCUCAGUCAAAUGGUGCGGUCCGUGUACGAAGCGACCCAGAACACGUCCCUGCUCCAGUAUGCAGUCCCCCUGCUGGUGCAGGAGCACACCUACUGGACAACAGCCCCCAAGCAGGUGACGGUGGUGGCGCCCAGCGGGCAGCUCUACAACCUCUCCCGCUACUAUGCCGAGUGGGAUCGCCCGCGCCCAGAGUCCUUCGCACAGGACAGCAACACGAGUGCGGGCCUGGACCCCGUGGCUGCCAGCCAGCUAUACCGCGAGCUGGCGUCAGGGGCGGAGUCAGGGCAGGACUUCUCAUCCCGCUGGUUUGCCGACGGCCAAACGCUGCGCACGAUCCGCACCACGAGUAUCAUCCCCGCGGACCUGAACGCGUUCCUGCUGCUCAUGGAGCGCAACAUCGCCGUCUUUGCCAACGUCACCGGCAACUCCUCCCUUGCUGCGCAGUUCACGGAUUUCGCCGCCGUGCGUCAGGCCGCCAUCGACGCUGUUUUGUGGAGCCCUACCCGGGGUUGCUGGACCGACUUCGUGCUCGACGCCAACGCGUCUGCCGCCAACGGGUCCUCCUGCCCGGCUGUCUACACGGGCGCGCAGCGCAAUGGCUCCGUGUACGCCGCCGACUACGUCCCGCUCUGGGCGGGCGCCUUGCCGGCAGGUGACGCGCGGCUGGCGCAGUUGGUGGCGUCCCUCAACGGCUCGGGCCUGAUCCUGCCGGGCGGCAUCACCACCUCCCUCAACAACACGGGCGAGCAGUGGGACUACCCGAACGCGUGGCCGCCGCUGAACCACAUGAUCAUCGAGGGCCUCGCGACGGCCGGAGGUGACGGCGCGGCAGCGGCCCUCGCGGCCGACCUGGCGCAGCGCUACCUGCGCAACGCAUUCCGCACCUUCUACGCCACAGGCGGGCUCAUGAGCGAGAAGCUGGACGCCGCGCAGCCGGGCACGCCCGGGGGGGGCGGCGAAUACAGGCCGCAGGUCGGCUUUGGUUGGAGCAACGGGGUCGCCCUGGACCUGCUCAACCGCUAUGGAGCACUGCUGGGGGCCCCGCCAGCCGACGGCACCGCCAGCAAUGGGACACUUACCGGCACCACCGGCGGGACUGCCAACGGGACUGCCAACGGGACUGCCAACGGCACGUCGUUCACCAAUCCUUAGAAGAAGGGCACCUGCGGUUGCGAGUUGAAGGCCCCUUCUGACUCAAGAUGGUGGGUUGAAGAAGUUGUGAGAAGUUGCAGUGCCGUGUAGUAGCUGUCUUAUGUAAGAGCCUGCCGCAUUUUGCAUGACGAGGCGGCAAUACUUUUGUGGGGAAGUAUGGGUAACAAUAGGUCCCGUAUCGAGGACUUCAGAUCCUAGGCGUUGAUGCGAGUAGUAGGUCUUAGACGGAAGUGUCUACGUAUUUAAGCGUCAAACUUAAGAGUCAAACUUUAGGUUGCCAUAUCUGAGGAGCUUAGACACAGGGAAGCAUAGUUUGAGGUAGUGCUUGCAGGUCGCAUGCAAAGGCAGUGAUUGCUAUAACAUGAGACGAUGAUGGCUAGGUCUAGGGGACUUGCUGCUUGCGGAACCAUGGCAGGUAUGCUUGUGUUGCUUGCACUGUCUUUGGAGAGGAGUAAGUUUAGAGGACGGCGUAAUAGGCUUGAGAAUACGAAGUGUAGUUUUAGGAUACUUGAGGUCACUCGCAUAGCUAAGUUGUUGGCGGCAGCCUGCAUAUAUGCGGCCACAGCCGGGCCGGCUUUGUAUGUGCUAUAUUUUCACAAUCAAUCCAGGAACUGUCAGUCCGCAAAAUCUGACCAUCCUCGAAGAUUCGCGUGUUGGCC